UCCCACUGUAGCUGCUCACAGCCAUAUAACGGUCUACUGGCAGCAAACAGCAGUUGCCUGGGAACAAAAGAAAACAAAUCCCGGACUGCACAACGUGUCAGCUCUUUCCUCGUCUGUCUACAACAGUCUGACUCGUUUACAAAUCUCUUCGGUGGCAUCUCGAUGCAGAGUGUAAUUCUCAGGCCGGACAAAGGGAUCAGGGGAGAUUAUUAUUAUACUAUAUAUUGCAGAAUGUGUAUGGAGUCCCUUUUGUCUCAUUCCUGAUAUUCAUUGUGCUGGAUCUAGAGAAGUGGACUGCUGCUGGCUGGACUGUGGUGGGUAACAUAAUCUUGCAGACCGGUUCCACUGUCACCUCGUCUGUCACAGCAUAAGGUGCUGUGAGCACCGUUAAGUACAGACCCCGUCACCGGAGUCCUGGAUCUCCCCACAGCAGAAUGGCUAAGGGAAAGAAAAACAAACAGGCUAAAGGCAAGACAAUCACCUUGAAAGUGGCAAAUAACAGCGUGGAGCAGACGAUCGACGGUAAACGUCGCCUGAAUCUCAGUUUCAAGGACGUCGCCGUGGUGCCCAAGUGCAUCCAGAAGCUGGGUGAAUUGGACGAACUGAACCUGAGCAGGAACCUGAUCAGGAAGCUCCCAGACUUUAUUGACCAAUUCACCACCAUCCAGAUUUUGGACCUGCACAGCAACUAUUUGGAGCAGCUCCCCGAGACUAUCGGCAGUCUCCAGAACCUGCUGGUUUUGAACCUUUGUAACAACCGUCUGACGAGCCUCCCCAGUGAGCUCGGCCUGCUGAAGAAACUCCUCAGGCUCAACCUGGGCAUGAACCAGCUAGAAGCUCUUCCCCCCUCCAUCGGCGAGUUGAGGGAGCUCCGCCACAUCGGCCUCUCUGACAACCGAUUCACCCGCGUCCCCGGCUGCCUCGCGAGGCUAUUUAAACUGGAGAAUAUCAACCUGGACAGGAACCCCAUACUCACUAAGAAGGAGGCACUCGGCAAUGAGUCCCUCAUAAUCACAGAGAAGCUUUACCUGGUCAAUAAGAGCGUCCUGUGUGACGACUGCCUGAAUAAGUGCCAAACUGAGAGGAAGAAGGUGGAGGAUGGAUUGCAAACGCGAAUGAGCAUAAAUGACUUAACGACCCUGGACGACAAGAAGAUGUAGAGAUUGGUCUCACUUUAAAAACUAUAAAAUAAAUUAUUAUCAUAAAUGAAUGUUAACUCAAUAUUUAUUACUUUU